CAUUCUGAUUAUUGCACUCGGUUCAUCGAGAAGCACGACAACUCAUCAAGCCGAUAUGGCAAGCAUUCAGUCCGUGUCUUGCCAUCUGCAUAACUAUGCACACAGACCAGAACCAUACGCAGGCAAUCAUGCCAACGUCCUCAUGCUCCAUGGUCGGAACUCAUUCACGUUACACCUGACAGCACUAAUCGAGCGUAGGUCACGGUCAGUCGAUGGACAUCUUCUACCACAAAACCCACUUCCUCCAAGAUGCCCUCAAUAUGGUCAGGUCCCAGGGCCAGCCUCUCCCCAAAUUCAACGUGUACUACAGCGAAGCACCGUAUGAUGCGGACAUUCCGGGAAUGGAAUCCAAGGUGUGGGGUCACGGGCUUUUUGACACCCAACCCGUCUCAGGCCUGGAGCGAAGCGUGGGGCGCGUGCUACGGCAGCUUGAGCAGCUCAAUCCGGUGGUGGGGAUCAUUGGAUUUUCGACGGGGGCGACCCUGGCGAUGAUCAUCGCGUCACUACUGGAGAAAACGGACCGGUGCCGGCUUUUUGGCGUCCAUACCACUCACCCACCGCUCAAGUUUGUCAUUGCCUACAGUGGCUUCAUGCUUGGCCAUCCAAUGUAUAGGGAAUUGUAUUAUCCUGCCAUUCGCACCCCGGGGCUGAUCUACGUGGGCGAACUCGAUACCAUGAUCACACCCACCGCCUCGUACCGCUUGGCUCGAACGCUGCAGUCAGGCGGAGAUCAUGACCUUCUGGGGAACCCACUACGUUCCCCGGCACGUAAAAACCACCCUGGUAGCGAUCGGCUUUGUGUGUCGGUGUGUAAGCAGCGAAAUCCAGACAGAGAAUGCCGACCAGGCACAGGCUGAAGACGGAUGGAUGGACGCGUAGGGUGGUUGAAACUGUUAGGCAUGUAGAUGUCAGAAAGUAAUAGAGUUCAAGGCUGCCGCGUGAGAGCCAAUGCAACCCCGGUUCGUGAACGGAAGU